GUCGCGAGCGCGGACGCACGCGCUAGUGAUGUACAGUUAAACAAAUUUGUUCUUCUUAUCGAUACAGGUACCCCACCGCAGGGGCGCGAGUCAACCAUGUAACGAUGAUAUUGACAUUCUCAUACUAUCUCGUUCACCCUUACCAGUGAUGUGAUCAUACUGUGCGUGUGUGUGAGUGCGUGCGACAGGGACGCAACUGUGAUGCGACAGAGACGCAAGUGAUGCAGGGGAGAGAGAGAGAGAGGGAGCGGCGCGGGGGGAACAUGUCGCUCCCUAUGAUGAGGAGUUUCAGCUCGGAGGGGGGGACGGGGAAGCGGGACUGGAAGUUGCGCUUGAGCCUCCGGAGUCGCAGCGGGCAUAGUGUGGAGGCGCUCCGCGGGCGCCGCUGCGCGUCUUUGCGCGGCGCGCCCCGUGACGACUCCGGGCGCUCGACGCCGGCGCUUGCGCACCGCUCGUCCCCCUCCCCCGCGGGCACGCCCGCCCCCAAGAAAUCCAACUGGGAAGUGAUCGAACACUUCUCGAAGACCAAGAAGAGUCCUACUGCGGUGGAAUCGGAAAACGGCGCCUCGCCGGCCCUGCCCCUGUGUCCGGCGGGCCGGCCGGACGUCGACGCCACGCCGCUACUCGGAGAUGACACCACCGUGAACCUAUACUCGCUCGGCUCGCACUCUGAUGAGCCGGAGGGGUGCGGGGCGGGGUGCGCGAGCGCACUCCCCCCGCCCGUCGCCGCGCUAUGUGCGCCCCGCCGCUUCCAUAACCUACACGUGGAGAUGCUGUACCAACGCUACUUCCUCCGCAUGAACCAAACCAACAUGACGCACCUCCUGGGACUGCUGCUGGCCGUGUCCAUGGCGCUGAUGCUGUGCCACGUCCGAGGGUUGCUGCUGGCGCAAGACCAGCUCGCCGAGGAGCUGGCUUUAGCUGACAGAAAAGUCAACAUGACACUCCUGGGCCUGCUGGCCGUGUCCAUGGCGCUGAUGCUGUGCCACGUCCGAGGAUUGCUGCUGGCGCAAGAACAGCUCGCCGAGGAGCUGGCUUUAGCUGACAGCAGUUACACCACGUUGAUAGCAGACCUGGACCUCCUCUACUACGACUCGAACCUCCGGACGACGACGGAGCCCUACGGCGCCAACACUACAAGCGCGUUACGCCGACUGCACUACGAAUACCAGCGCAACGCGCACGCGGCCAACGUCGGAGUGCUCGGCGUCGCCGCUCUCGUCUACGCGUGCCUGCUGCUCUGCCUAAGCCGGCCCGCAAUAAACGAAAUCUACCUACUGACCAUCUCGUAUGUCGUCCUUGCGACCUUCCUACUGAUUGAGCUGGCUGUCGUCGGCACCUCUUGCGUCAGAUCAAUGAGCAUCGGUGCCGGCGCCUGCGUACUCUUCACCUACCUGACGUACGCGACGUUGCCAGUCCGCCUGCACGAGGCUAGCGUGGCCGGAGUCCUGCUGGCGGCCGUCAACCUAGCUGGUAACCUGUACCUGGCCCGCGACAGCGACUUGCAGAUGUACUGCAACCUGAUCGUGCUGGCGGCGUGCAACGUUGCCGGUGUGAUGACCCACCAACCACGAGAGCUGGCGCAGCGACGCGCCUUCUUGGAGACCAGGGACUGCGUAGAGGCGCGCUUGGUGACCCAACGAGAGAACCAGCAGCAGGAACGGCUCCUGCUCUCAGUUCUCCCGCGCCACGUGGCCAUGGAGAUGAAGGCAGACAUCGCCAGCCAGCCGCGCCAGGAGCAGUUCCACAAGAUCUACAUCCAGCGAUAUGAGAACGUCAGCAUUCUGUUCGCUGACAUCUGUGGGUUCACCUCGCUUUCGGACCAGUGCACCGCCGAGGAGCUGGUGCGGCUGCUUAAUGAGCUCUUUGCCAGGUUCGACCGCCUGGCCGCCGAACAUCACUGCCUGCGCAUCAAGCUCCUCGGCGACUGCUAUUACUGCGUCUCUGGCCUGCCGGAGGCGCGCGACGAUCACGCCAAGUGCUGCGUGGAGAUGGGACUAGACAUGAUCGACGCUAUUGCGCUGGUGCGUGAAGUGAUGGCGGUGAACGUGAACAUGCGCGUGGGCAUCCAUACGGGCCGCGUGCACUGCGUGGUGCUCGGGCUGCGCAAGUGGCAGUUCGACGUGUGGUCCAACGACGUCACGCUCGCCAACUACAUGGAGAGCGGCGGCGUCGCCGGCCGAGUCCACAUCACCAAGGAGACCCUACAGUGCCUCGGCACCGACUAUAAGGUGGAACCAGGCCACGGCGACCAGAGGAACGCGUACCUCAAGGACCACAACAUUGAGACCUACCUCAUUGUGCCGGACGACACCAGCCGAGUGGACAAGAAACCCCAGAACUCUUUCUCCCUGAACGGCAACGUGUCCAAGGAAAUGAGGGUGAUGGGCCACGGAUCACAACACGGGAAGAACUCGGCCAAGGUUGAGCAAGGGAAUGAGUUCAAGAAGCCCGAAGACGAGGUUAAUGAGUACCUAAUGAAGGCGAUCGACGCGCGAUCCAUCGACCGACUGAGGGCCGAACAUUGCCGACCAUUCACAUUGACAUUCCGCGACCAGAAGCUGGAGACGAAGUACACGGCAGAGCGGGACAGGAUGCUGAAAAUAUACUUCGUCUGCUCGCUGGUGGUGUAUGCCGCAGUGACAUUGGUCCAGCUGCUCGCCUUCGACAUUAAUGCCGGAGGAAUUGCAACGGUGUCUGUCUGCGGGAUUGUGGUGAUGUUCAUCAUCUACCUAGUCUUGGCUGCGAGCUUCGAGCACACCAACGCUCACCUGCGCUCCUUCUCACUGAGGAUCCACUCCAACCGGACCCUGGCGCAGGGCAUGUCCUUCGCGCUGCUGGGUACCUUACUGCUGCAAAUCCAGGUGUUGAUGGCGCUGAACAACGGCGGAGCAUCACCUAACGAACUAGAUGGCGUUGUCACCUUCUGCCCCUACUCCGUGAAUGAGCACUACCUUCAACUCACACUCCUGGCGAUGUUCCUCUGCGCAGCGCACCAGGUCCUCAUCACAUCAGUGAAGACCCUUCUCCUACUCCUGGCCACUGGCGCGUAUGUCACCUUCACGCUCUUGGAUUUCUUUCACCCAGCUGAAGUUGUCUGGCAAUGCGCCGCGCUGGACCAGCAGUGGACGAGCGUGGUGGUCGCAAUCGGUGCCGCCGUCGCCCUGAUGCUGCACGCCCAGCAGACGGAGAGCACCUACCGGCUGGACUUCAUCUGGAAACUGCAGGCCACUGAUGAGAAGGAGGACAUGGAACACCUGGAGGCGUACAAUCGCAAGCUGCUCGCGAACAUUCUGCCGGAGCACGUCGCGCAGCACUUCCUAUGCAGCGACAAGAACAUCGAUGAGUUAUAUCACGAGCAGUGUGAAUCCGUCUGCGUCAUGUUCGCUUCCAUCCCCAACUUCUCCGAGUUCUACGUGGAGCUGGAGGGCAACAACGAGGGUGUGGAGUGUCUCCGACUCCUCAACGAGAUCAUCGCUGACUUCGAUGAGAUCCUUGCCGAGGACCAGUUCAAGUACAUCGAGAAGAUUAAGAGCACCGGGGCUACGUAUAUGGCGGCGUCAGGCCUCACAGCGUCGACCCGGGACCUGCGCGGGUUCCGUCACGUCACAGCGAUGGCGGACUACGCUCUGCGCCUGCGCGAGCAGCUCCAGUACGUCAACGAGCACAGCUUCAACAGCUUCCGCAUCCGGAUUGGAAUCAACAUCGGACCGGUGGUGGCCGGGGUGAUCGGAGCCCGGAAGCCACAAUACGACAUCUGGGGGAACGCCGUCAACGUGGCGUCGCGUAUGGACUCCACUGGGCUGUUGGAUCACAUCCAGGUGACGGAGGAGGUGUACGAUAUCCUGGCCUCGCGGGGGUACCGGCUGCGCUGCAGGGGCACGGUCGAUGUCAAGGGCAAGGGCAACAUGGUCACGUACUUCCUUGAGGGUGUUGGCGACACCAUCCCUAAUGGCAUCGCGGAUAUUUACAAUAACCCGACCCCGUCGACCUCUCACGAGUGCUCAGAUGGGCGACCAGCACCAGCUGACCACAGACCUCUGGAGACCCUUUCCGAGGACCACGGCGAGGACGUGUCACCACGCGCCUCCAUUCCAACUGACAGCCAGAAUGAUUCAGCAACUACACAGAGCCCGCGCCUAGCUGCGUCGCGUGAGUCACUCGCUGGCGCCGUGCGCGCGCGCGUGCGCAAGAGACUGGAGCGGCCCGCGUCACUGGCCGAGUGCCCAACGCUGCCCGUCCUGCUCUCCGUGCUGCAAGCCAGGGCGCACUCAACUGACUUCCGUGUACCAACAUCUCACAGCAGCGGCGACAUCGAAGCCCUGAUCCAGCCGCGGCGCUCCGCCAGCCUCGCUGACUUCGUCCGCCGCAAGCCGCGGGUCAACGUCAUCGAGAACCCUAUGGUCGUCAGCCCGCUUCCCAACGACACCCCCAGCCCGGAUAGCCCGGCGACGGCUGAUAAUGUCAUUCUCACUGUCGCGCAGACGCAUUAAACAUACUUGGCCUGACGGCACGAUUCGGGAAAUGAAUUAGAGAUGCACUAGAUAUGUGACGUUCCACGGCAAAAGGUACCAUUGCCCCAGCUGAAUAUUGGAGCGGCGUUAAUAAUAGCGUAAUUGCCAGGUGCCAUAAGGUACCUUUUGCCGUGGAACGUCAUAUAUCUUUACUAUUUCAUGUCUAGUGCAUCUCUAAUUCAUUUUCCGAAACGCGCCGUGAGUUUUCGUCAACAUCAUCGGAAACCCCGAUGGUCGUGAGCCCGUGACAUGAGCGACGCGAAGGCUGAUAGAGUCAGACUAAGAAAAGUCUUCAGAGAUUGACAGCACACGCAGUGCAAGUGUUAUUUAUACAUCCUUAAUUUCAUAGAAGUUUGGCGUGCACUGCGUGUACUGCAGACUUUUCUUGGUCCAACUCUGAUCCUCACAGUCGCACGGACACAUUAAGCCCCAUUUUACACGAACCAAAAACUUGCAUGCGAUUUUCUUUACAUAGAAUCUUUACGUAUUUGUUCGACCGACCGAAUUCGUUAGCAAUGCAUUGCAUGGAAGUUCUUGAAUAGGGGAUAUUACUGCAAUGUUCUGCCGCCAGAGUGCAGCACUACCGACUCAGUAAAUUCAUAGACUAAACUUAUACAUACUCUGCCUUAAACUGUUUUUUGUUAAGUUUUCAUAGACAAUAAAAUAUGACAUUGAUGCAUCAAGGCGGUUUGUUAACAAGGGCCUACCGGUAAACGCAAAAAUGGAAAUUUAGUUAUCUGCCUCUUAAUAUGCAAGAGUGAUAGAGAGAUUAGAUUAUGAAAUUUCGAUUUUCUUGUUUCACGGUAGGCCAUGUGAUUAACGUGACGUGUGAUGUGUCAAUGUGGUUUGUUUACUGUAUGUGCCACAAAGAUGCCACCUACGCAGAGCUUUGCCUAAUAUUCCCUAUUAGUCUGAGUGGGGCUUUAGAUUUGACUUGUGGAGAGGCCGGCAUUAGUUAUUUAAAGAUUGAGAAGUAUUUUCUUUAUUCGUAGGUAUUUGAAAAGUAAAAAUGUAUUGGGAUAUGAAACGACACGUGACCAUUUCCGUACCUACAUUAUUUAAGUAAGCCC